GCUAGAGAGCGCUUUACACGUGUGGAACGUGUCUUCGCGCAACUCUGUGCGUUACAGAGCACGCACGCACCUCGUCAGCGUCAACAUAACUGCGCAAUCGUGUACGACCUUCUGCCGAACUUGGAACCACGCGCGUGUCUGACAGACGUGUAUUUGGCGGGAAGCGUGAUACUCUUUUCAUUUGGAUUUUAUGUGGUAUCGAAGUCGAUUCAGUGGCUCCCCACCGUGUCAGCGAACAGCAUAUUGGUGCUUUCGGGCCGUGUGCAAUAACGUUUUCAGCAAAAUUGUCUUGUGUCGAACGAGAAAUCUUGAGUGAUAUAUUUAUGUAUUUCGCAUUACACGCAUGGACGGGAUAAUUAUAAACUCAAAAAACUGAUAUAUAAUCAGUUUUUAAUUUCAACAAUAACGUGGUAACCUUCGCGGGAACACGUCGAAACACGCUCGCCGUUUCUUGAAGCCUCACGCGCAAGUGCGUGCGACGUUGCCGGCUUUUUCUUCCCGCGGGCUAUAUUGACGAAUUUGUGAGAAAAGGACAAAAAAACUUAAAAUCGUAAUCAAUUAUCGACAUCAAUUUUAGUUAUUAUGACCGUGGAAAUAUAUACCGAUAUUUGAGAAAAUAUGAGAUAGUUGUUGCUGUUUUCCUAUCUUACCUCUCACUCUCUCAUCGUGGUACGCAAUAGUGUGUUUACCGUGUUGCCAAACUUUCUAGUUUAUCGUACACGCUUCAGUUGUGGAUGAUAUAUUCGGAAUUAAAAUAUAUCUUCCGAUUCACGGAUGUAUACCGCAAAAAAUCAGUAUUGCGAAGUGUUUGGUGGAUCCAUGAUCGAAUCAACAGUCAGCGUAAUCGUGAGACGACGCUGAGCACGGCCAUUAUUCGAAAUUCGGUGGGUCGCGCCACGACAACGUUGCCACGUCUUCGCAAGCCGCGAGUAUUUCAACGUUCUGUGAACGAUUCCUGGAAGAAUCAUCUCCGUAAACGGGACGUAUAUAAUAUACGUGUUGAAAUUCAUAAGAAAAAAAGAUUGUUUUCUAACAUCGCGCUGUGCGCGUAUCGAAAUCGUUCGAGUGUGUAAUUUAGUAGUGGUGUAUCGCGAUUUGGAACACAGACGCUGGGAGAAAGACAGAAAGAGACAAAGUGAGAGAAGGAGUAUAAAAGAGAGAAAAAGUAGACACUAAGUGAAGAGAAACGGAAGCUGUUUGUUCGUGAAAACACUUGGUUAUUGGUAACUGCGACGGAGAACAGCGACGUUGCCGGCGUGAAAGACUAACAAAAUAUGAGCGCUCGAGUGUUGAAUCCGGUGAUGAUGACGGAAAUGAGCAGGAAUUUGGGUGGAGGACGAACGGUGCCGAGCAGAGCAGCCCUUGCUCGUGUUCGAAGGGACCUAUUCGGACCCGUCGAUCACGCCGCGGCUCGUGCAUUGGCGGAACGAGAGCUUCGCGCUCAAUCCAUACUUGAUGCCGAGAGAUGGGGAUUUGACUUUCACUUGGAAAUACCAAGAGCUAAUUCAAGGUACGAGUGGGAGUUGGUUACACCACAAGAUGUGGUACCCGAACCCUAUGCCCUACGAGGUAUGCCCUACUUAAGGAAACACGCACCUAGUACACCACGAAAAGUACGGGAUUCAUCGCCCACUACAAGAUUUCUUCGUAAAGAUCUUUCGUCUCCAGUAACUCCAAUUCUCUCGAAAUCUGAAAGAACGCCGCCUCAAGAGCCAAGAGUACCGCAAAUCGGUGAAAUCACAACCAACGAUCUGUUCGAUUUUGACUCGGAUAAGAAAACGUAUAUCGUCGAACCUACUACCCCCGUUUUACCAACCUCCGCAACGAGGAAACAGUCCUCUAUAACCGACUAUAUGAAGAGUCGUAAACGUAGCCUAAACGGUAGCGCGAAGAGCAUGAUAGAGCCGCCGGAGAAGAUCGCUCGCAACGCGGGUCAGAUACGCAGCUAAAAGCCUUCCAGCUUCCUCCUUCAGCCUCGCUGUCUUCUUCCAUCUCUUUGGAGCGCGAGUGGGACCGGAAACACGAAGCAUCACUGCCAGGAGGAACGAGAAAGGCAGAAGCUUUGGCAAGGAGGCGCGAGGUCCGUUGGCUGUGCCAUUCACGUAGAUUUAUCCGCCAUGAAUAUAUAGGCGAAAACGGUGGGGAAAAAAGAAACGAAAUGUAGUGCCGUUUUUUUUUCAUCGCGUAUACUUUCGUGGCCACGCCACGGAAAAUACAAAGUACAUAGUAACAACAGCGACUAUAAUUAUAAAAUAAUGAACAGAGGAUGCACGAUAUUCUACGGUUGUUGCUGUCAUCUUUAUAUUUCUUUUUUCUUCUUUUUCUUUUUAUAUGUCAUUUGCGUCGUAUGUUCUUUUGCAUUAAGCUAAACACAGAGUAACGAUAAGAAUAUAUAUAAAUAUAUAUAUAUAUAUAUAUAUUUAAAUAUAUAUAUUUUUAUAUAUAUAUAGCGCGACAGGGAAAGAAAGAAAGAGAGUGUGCGUGCGUGAGUGAGUGAGUGGGUGUGUGCGUUUUUUUCACGAAAUUAAUUAAUGUAAUAUAUUGUCCGUUUAAUUCUAAAAUGAAGCGAGAGUGGAUGAGUGAUUAUAAUGGAAUUGUUGCAUACAUACACUUUAAUACGAGCGUAAGGAGACAAAAAAUAUAUAAAUAUUUUUUAGGACACAACGUAGAUUUUAAGAUAUUAGGUAUUAAGUGAAAGUGCAUUGCGUUUCUAUCAAAAAAAAAAGAAAAAAAAAUUUCGCGCAGUAAAGGCCACUUGAGCCUGGUCUACGAACGUUUGAAAAUCAGAGGCUGUUUCGACUUAAACUCUGUGAGUUUUCAUCGACCUUUCAAUUCGAUGGAGAUUCCCAGAGUUUUAAUACAUCAAUAAAAAUGACGCUAGAUAGAUCAAACGAAUUUCGCGAUAAUUUCGACUGUAAUUCUUGAAACGAUCGCGAAAUUAUACGACGUCAGUGUUUUUGUUUUUUUCUUUUAUUUUUUCCUUUUUUUUUUCCUUUAUAUAUUUUUUCAAGAGACAAAAUUUAAAGCAUAAUUUUUAUACAUUUGAGAAUAUAAAAGGAACGCAAUCAUAUUUUUUUUUUAGCCGAAAAGAGACCAGCCUCAAGGACAAUAAACGGGGAGAAAGAUAUGAUUUAGAUAUAGUUUGUUACCCAUGUUUAAGCAUUGAUCUCCUGUACGACUUUAAGAAAGUACAGCCGAUGCCAAAUCAGCCCCGCGAUUUGUUUCUUACCUUAUACUUUCGAAGAAGGAACCAUUAUCGUAUUUGGCUUUCUCUUCAUCUCUUUCACUUCAUCACCUUGAAUCCGGUUAAGUGUUAGUAUGAUUAGAGAUCUAAAGCUUCGUGAAGAUUGCAAUAUCUGAAAAAUAUUCUUUUUCCACAAAGAAAAUCAUUGGAUGAAUUGCAUCGCGAGUUUCAUAGAAGUAUGGCGAUCAAAGCUACGAUUGAUUUUAUCUUAUAUUAAUUGUAGGAUGCAAUCUUCGUUUAGCUUUUUUUUUUUUUUUUUUAUAAAGUUUUGUAUUUUCCUAUCAUAAUUCAUCUGUUUGUACAAAUCAUCACGAAUAAUUCUCACAUUUUAAAUAUUUUACAAUCAGACUUUAGAUAUUGGUGGUGUGGCGUGAUCAAAGCCGUUAAAAGACGUACUCCGACUUUAUAAUAUAGAAAUAUAUUAAAAGUUGUUAUUCAUUUUCUGAAAUUUCAUCAUAUAUAUAUAUAUAUAUAUAUCGAAUAAAAUAUAUUCGAAAUUAUUAUAUUUGACGAGUACAAAUCGUAAUUUCUGGAGGUCUUUAAACGGUUCUUGAAAAAUUAUGCAACUUGUAUUCGAAUCGUCUUAUACCGUGUUAACGAAAGUACGAGGUUUUGACGUACAAUAUGAUUUACGAACCAAAACUUUUCUACGUUACUUUCUUCAUCGCGGAUGAAUUUACGCAAAACGUAAUAUUAAAUGUAAAUGUAAUUUGUAUAUCUUAAAUGGUAUAUUGAUUUUAUAAUGGUAGCUGUUUAUUACAAGUUUCUUUUUGUUUAUGAUAAUUUGGUUUAACGCCAUCCUAUGAAGUAAUCUCCCUCAAUCGUAUCUCCCAUUCCCGGUACACUUUGUUUUCCGUUCACUCUUUUUUUCCCACUUUGAGAUUAUAAUUCAAAAAUACGACUGGUGGUUACAAGCUAUUUUUUUCGUAGUUCACUCGCGAAGUGCGCUAUGAGUGGUGAAGAAUUGAUUCUUUGUGGAAUUCUAAUGGUCGUUUUUCAUACCGGUUACUCUGUAUUCGAUGUUUCAAUGGCGCUUUCAUGGCUACGAUACUCGUACACUAUGAGAGCUUCGCGGUAAGAAAUCAAAUUGACGUAAAACAUUUUCAUGCGAAAACGCGUUUAAAUAUUGUUUCUUGUCGAUAAAAAGCUUUUAAUAUGCUGACUACUCAUACGGAUAAGCACGUGAAGAUCGUGACGAAUUAUCGAAACAAAACGAUGAUUAACGGCAGACUAUGUGCACGAAAAAUUAUGUUCUCUUUUUCUAUCGAUGUGAAAAAAGAAGCGACGAAUGACUAUGGAAUCUCGUCAGAUCUGAGAGAGAGAAAGAGAGAAAGAGAAAGAGGAGGAGGGUCACGAUGCAAGGAGAAGAAAGUAGUCUGCCGUAGAGAAAGAAACGAAAAAAAAUAGUAAAAGAGAAUAAAUCUUAUGUCUAUGUAACCCUGUGAUGUAUUAGUAUGAUCUCAGUAAACAUAACUUAGCGUGUACUUCUUAUUUGUAAUAAGUAUAGAUGUAUUAUGCGUUUCACACAUGACGUAACGUCCCAGUAAAAAAAAGUGUGAAAGGUUGCAUAUGUUUGAGCACGUGUGUACAAUGUUUGUUUGCGUGGGUGAAUGUUAGAAUAAAAAGGGUGAGCAGAAAUACCCAGUGCCUCACUUUCAGUUGGUAUUCAUGUAAGAAUUCUAUGUGUAACGACAAUAUUAUAUAAACUAUAAUCAUAAGAGAGUCUAAAAAAAAAAAAAACUAACCUACAUAAGUGAAUGCCUAUGUUUAUUAAAAAAAAGAUUUAUCUGAAAAA